AUGGCAGCCGAGGCAGGGGUGCUUGAGCUGCCCUUCACCUGCGACGAGCAGCUCACGCGGCGCAUGCGGCUGCGAUUCCAGAGCCUGCAGCAGAGAAACAUGAGGCCCCAGGAUGGCGAGAAGCUGCUGCGUCCCAACGAGCACAUCUACCGAGUGGAUUUCAUCCAGCAGCACAAACUGCGCUUCCUCCGCUGGAACGUGCAGCUGGAGAGCCCUGGGAAGGUCACGGUGACUGGCACCUCCCAGCACUGGACUCCUGAUCUCACCCACCUGAUGAACCGGCAGCUGCUGGAGCCGGUGGGCAUCUUCUGGAAGAAGCUGGGGGCCGAGGAGGUGGAGUGCAAUGAGGCAGAUGCCCAGGAAUUUGGGGAGCGGAUAGCAGAAUUAGCCCAGAUCCGCAAGGUGAUGUAUUUUCUCCUCACUUUCACUGGCGGCCUCGAACCAGCUCAGCUGAAAGGCUCCAUUGUUUUUAAAGCCUGA